GCCUAUGCCUGCAGCCAGGUGCCAGCCUCCGUGAGCUGAGCGUUGUGGUGCUGCUGUGUGAGGCAGCACUCGCAGCCGCACCUGCCGUCAGCCAAGGGCAGCCAAGGGCAAGAAGCCUCCCGCUGCCCGUCCCCAGCGCCCUUGGCGUCGCGCUGCGGGCUGAGGGGCCGGGCUCGCUGCUCCUCCCGCCUGCGGGGCGGGACGGGGCGGGGCGGUGCCGGUGCCGGUGCCGGUGCUCCCGCAGCGCCCGCUGCUCGCUCCUCGCUCCGCCGCCGCCAUGUACCUGUGCCGGGCCGCCUCGCAGGCGCUGGCCGCUCGCCUCAGCCGGGCUCCCUCAGCGGCCGGCCGGCUCCAGCACCGCGCACCGCUUCGCCAGAUGUCAUCUGGGAGCGUUCCUGGCUCUUCUGGAGAGAACAUGAUUUACUAUCUCCUUGCUGGCGUUGCUGCUUUUAGUGGUUUAUUUUAUACCUACAGAACCGUUGGUUCCUCCCGCAGCAACUACAUUGAGCAUAUGCAUAUUCUUCAGGAGAGAGCUGAAGGGCGGAAAAGCUCGUACAGGUCAGGCAAGGGUGAUGAAGAGGAAACAGCUGAAGCUGCUGGAGAAGACACAGCCACGGAAGAAGCUGCUGCUGGACCUGCAGCACAGGAUGAGAGUUCUGGGGUGUCCCCAGAAGCUGGAGGGGAGAGUGACUUACCAGCUGCGGAUGCACCCCCUGCUGUGGAGGGAGCACAGCAGGAAGCUGCUGCUAAUUCAGAAGCUGCUGCUAAUUCGGAAGUUGCUGCUAAUUCUGAAGCUGCUGCAGCACAAGAAACUGUGAGUGAAGUCUUGGAUGUUGCAGCUUCUUCUGACCAUGAGGAAAACUUAGACAGUGUCGAGGAAGGAGUAGCCUCAGCAGCUCAAGAGAUGUCUGACACAGCCUCAAGGAACCAGGACGCUGAUGCUGAGGAGUCGGGGCAGACUUCAGAAGUUUCUGUGGACAAGGAGACACCCGAAGAAAUUGCUAAAGAACCCUAAAGUGAGCAGCACUGAAGCCCUUGAAAAGUUCAAUGGAAAUAUUUGUGGCAAUCAACCAGCUGAUUCCUGUGUGAAACCUCAUACUCCUCCCUGAAGAUGCAAAACAAUCCGUGCAGUUCGUCACACCGCACGCUACUUACUAGGACCAGUAUUCAUUGCUGCAGCAGACAACCUAAUACGAUUUAAGUUGGCUAGGCAGACACUUCUGCAAUUAACAUCUCUGCUUUAGAAAGUAGCACCUGGUAACAAGUGUCAAAGUACCACCCAGCAUGUAACGAUAGCUAGAUGUACCAAGAGAAGCAGUAGGCAUAACUGAAUCCAUGUCAGGUGAACUUGUUUUAGCUCUUGGCUGUCUAGAUGUUUACUUUGAUUUCCUCCUUUUGGUCCAAACUGUGGUGCACGAUUAUACCAUUGUAACAUUCCACAUGGAGUAAAAAGUUUUAACUAAGCUAAAA